GCUGCAAUAGUCGAUCGUGCAUAGUUGCGUGUGUGCAGAUUGUACCGCCGCUUCGAGCAGCAGUUUUAUUUACUAAUUAGAGUGCCGAUGUGCGAUAGGAAGCGUUAAAUGUGCGUGGAAAAUGUCGAAUCCGGGCGGUAGCAGGAGGAACGGGGCCAUGAAGAUUCGUUUGACGAUUUUAUGUGCCCGUAAUCUUGCCAGGAAAGAUCUGUUUCGCCUACCAGACCCUUUCGCUAAAAUAACUGUUGAUGGUUCAGGUCAAUGUCAUAGUACACAUACGUGCAAGGCAACUCUAGAUCCCAUGUGGAAUCAACAUUAUGACUUGUACAUUGGGAAAGAUGAUGGUAUUACGAUAUCAGUUUGGAAUCAUAAAAAGAUCCAUAAAAAAAAAGGUGGAGGAUUUUUGGGAUGUGUAAGAAUAUUAUCCAACACGAUUCAAAGACUCAAAGAUACAGGAUAUCAGCGAUUAGAUCUUUGCAAAGCACACUCAGAUGACACAGAUGUUGUUAAAGGAGAAGUUGUAGUAUCUCUUUUAUCACGAGAUGGUCAUAAUGGUGCUGUGAGUAAUACAGUGGGUCAUAAUGCUGUUGUUGAUGUUCUUGGAGAUCUGAGCUGUCCAAAUGAUUUGCCAGAUGGAUGGGAAGAAAGAAGGACUCGAAGUGGACGACUAUAUUAUGUUAACCACUAUACCAGAACUACACAGUGGAUUCGUCCAAACGCACGACCUACCAAUGGUAUAAUACCAACUACACCAGAACCACCACCAUUACCUUCUUCUGAACCUACAUCUCCCAGUGGCAGUGGAAGUCCUCCUAAUAUAAGAACUGAAAGUCCUACUAGAUGUACACCUGAAUGGAAUGGGGAUGGAACACCUAGUAGAACUCCUAGCAGAGAUAGUUCUACCCCAAAUACACCAAGAAAUACUCCCACUCAGCAGCAGAAUAGAAAUCAACAAAAUCAACAUAACACAAGAAACGUAACACCUGCAUCAUCAAGGGAACGACGGCCAGUACGAGCAAGCGACGAACAAAAUGGCAAUCAGAAUGGUAAUACUAGGCCUGAACGUGGUAUUAACAACGCUCAACCACGAAGGCCUAAUCGAAGUAAUAGAAAUAGAAAUAGCGCACUGGUUUAUAACGAGAGGAGGUACGAUCCUCCGCAACCACCAGACUUACCCAGAGGUUAUGAAAUGAGAAAAACGCAACAAGGUCAAGUGUAUUUUUAUCAUGUACCAACUGGUUCAUCCACUUGGCACGAUCCUAGAAUACCUCGCGAUUUACCAGCUAAUGAAUUAGCAAGUGAACUUGGACCAUUACCGAGUGGAUGGGAAAUGCGACAAACUCAAAGUGGCCGUGUUUAUUUUGUGGAUCACAAUAACAGAACUACACAAUUUACUGAUCCUAGGUUAUCCAGUCAAAUCAUAAGCAAUCUGUUAAAUAGGCGACAAAAUAGUACAACUAAUCAAACUAUGAGUAGUUCAAAUAAUACAACUACAGUUGCAAAUGAAUCUACAGAAAUAGAGACACCUGCAUCACCAAGUAUUCAAUGCAACAUGGUUCAGAGGCCAAGAACAGAGAACGGAAGCAAUAAUAAUUCUUCCUCAUUGGAAAAUACGUCAGCUCAAAAUGCUCAAACUGUAUCAGAAUUGCCAAAGGAACUAAUGGACAAUGAAUUACUGCCGAAGUAUAAACGUGAUUUAGUGGCAAAAUUGAAAUGUUUGAGAGCAGAAUUAAAUGCCCUUCAACCUCAAAGUGGACAUUGUAGGCUUGAGGUAUCAAGAAAUGAAAUAUUUGAAGAAUCAUACAGAUUAAUAAUGAAAAUGCGACCAAAAGACAUGCGUAAAAGACUUAUGGUUAAAUUUCGCGGCGAGGAAGGUCUUGAUUAUGGUGGAGUAGCACGAGAAUGGUUAUAUUUAUUGUCGCAUGAGAUGUUGAAUCCACAAUAUGGGCUUUUCCAAUAUUCAAGAGACGACAAUUAUACACUUCAAAUUAAUCCCGAUUCGGGAAUAAAUCCAGAACAUUUAUCGUACUUCCACUUUGCCGGAAGGAUAAUAGGAAUCGCCGUUUUUCAUGGUCAUCAUAUAGAUGGAGGUUUUACAACUCCAUUCUAUAAAAUGCUGCUUAAUAAAGCAAUUACUCUUACUGAUAUAGAAGGUGUUGAUCCAGAAUUACAUAGAAGUCUUACAUGGAUGUUGGAAAAUAGUAUAGAUGGAGUGUUGGAUGCUACGUUUUCAGUGGAACAUAGUAGUUUUGGAGUGUUGAAAAAUCAUGAACUUAAACCAGGUGGAAAAGACAUUCCUGUAACUGAAGAAAAUAAAAAGGAAUAUGUACGUUUAUAUGUAAACUAUCGCUUUAUGCGAGGUAUUGAACAACAGUUUCUGGCAUUACAAAAAGGAUUCCACGAACUAAUUCCACCUCAACUAUUAAGACCUUUUGAUGAAAGGGAAUUAGAAUUGGUUAUUGGUGGUUUAGGGACGAUUGACAUUAAUGAUUGGAAAAUGCACACACGAUUAAAACAUUGUACACCUGAUACGCCAGUAGUAAAGUGGUUUUGGCAAAUAGUAGAAUCUUAUGGAGAAGAAAUGAGAGCUCGAUUACUUCAAUUCGUUACUGGAAGUUCUCGAGUUCCCUUGCAAGGAUUUAAAGCUUUACAAGGAUCAACAGGAGCCGCAGGUCCACGAUUAUUUACAAUACAUGCCGUUGAUGCGCCAAGUGAAAAUUUACCAAAAGCACAUACCUGUUUCAAUAGAAUAGAUAUUCCAGAAAGUUAUCCCAGUUAUCAGAAAAUGCUUGACAAACUUACACAAGCAGUUGAGGAAACUUGUGGUUUCGCUGUUGAAUAAUAGGUAAAAAGGCAUAACUUCAAUUUAUUAAUAUAAUGUAUUUGUUUUAUAUAAUUACUGAGAUUGCACACAUUCGUAGUAGGAAAUAUUUAUCGACAGAUUUUACUGUCGCUAAACUAAAAAUAAAUUUUGAAGUACCAAGAGAUGUUAUCUCACGAGAGUACGGGAAGAGCUAGUAUUAUAAAAUGAAAAUGUUAAUACGUAAAACGUCGGAAAUAAUUCUGACUAUGUUUUGUACAAAUGAUUGAAUGGCCUUGAUGGUUGUAAUGACUUCUAAGUGAUUGUCGAUUGGUACAUUAUGUAUGUGAACACUCUUGUGAUUUACACACUUCGUCCAUGAACGUUUUAAUGAAUGGUUCCUCAGAAGUUCUGGUUAUAUUGGUCUUUAACUAUUUAUUAUUCAGUGACUGAUAGAGAUGUGCAAAAAGUUAUAAUUUCAUUGAGGUAAAUAUGUUGAUUGGCCUAAAUGUUUAUUUUAUUUAUAUUAAUCGUGUUUUCCGUCAUAACUUUAGGCUCAGUAAUUUACUUAUAAGAUCACCAUCAAAGAAUUAACUUCAUUGUUUUCGAGGUAUGGUAAAAAAAUAUAAAAAUCAUGCAUGCACAAAUAUGUAUAGAAAAUGAAUUCUUUCACAUAAUGGAAAACAUUGUUCAAUUACAGACAUGCUCAUGUUAGUAUUUUAUAUUAAGCGAAAAUAGUAAAAAAUGAAGAGAACAAAAGUAUAUUAAUCAUUUAAGAAUCUCAUAACAAAAACUCGUAAUAUGCAUUACUUGCAAUGAAUUUUAAAUCAGCCAUACAAUGUAUUUCAUUCUCGAAAGCUUUCAAUUUCUUUUUUAUUAAAUGUAAUUACAAUAUGCACAGUCAAUUAAUAAUUCCAUAUUAACAAUCUUUCAAAUAAUAGAGUUUAGUAACAAAAUAAGAAUAUAUACUCAAAUUCAUUAUUAUAGUCAAAUAACAAUUAAAAAGCAGUGCUGGGAAUUUAGUACAUAUAAUGUAUUAUUUCAAGUCGGUCAUCGUGAUUAAGGGGAAAAUACGAAAUCUGUAUAUCAUGACCUUUGAUGCAAGUGUUGAGUUCUUAAUUUCGUCGUAAAUUGAAAUUAACGAAUACAAAAUACAUUUAUCAGUUGUAAGAAAAAGUGGUAUACGUGUCCUCAGUAUUAAAAAUUAUUUUUAUUGGUAUAUGAACACUUGCUUCGAGGAACUUUGUAACGCAAUCGGCAAAUUUUGUUAUUGUAGCACAGCAUGAGUUGUGCGACGAUCAUUGUUGCUUGUUUAAGAGCCAAUAGCACCGAGUGCGUUAACAAAAUGUAAAUAGUACAGUGUUUAAUAUAAAAUUAACACGACGGUAUAACGUGCCAGUCAGUUAGUUGGCUUCUGCACGAUAAAAACGCGUCGGUUUUAGUAUAUUAGUAUAGGCUAAAUCGUGAAUUGUGUACAUUAGCUUUAAUUUAAAACAAUUGAACACAUAUUUAAAGAAAGAGUUUAUUCGACGAGUUUAUGUAAAGUUAGAAUGGUUUUACUCGAAUCGACUCUUUUUGUUGUAGAAGUUCAUGAAAUAAUCUAUACUUUGCUACUAGCUUACAGUAAAGCAUAGAGACACUUAUUUAUCGCACGAAUUCUUUAUUUAGUCUCUAGCAUUUACUUUUAUUGUAAAAAAUAUCUAGUGGCUGAUAGCACCAAUCAUCAUUUCGUAUUAUUAUUGCAUUAUUGUAUUUUAUUCUGCACGUAACUGUGAUCAAACAUAUCGUAAAAAGAGAAGAAGCAGUGGGAGGCACCUUUGUAGAUUUGUCUUGAAUAUUAUACUCGUUUACUCGUAUUUUUUUUUAACCAUAAAAGUUUAUACGUAUAUUCGUUUUAAUAAUUAUUUCGUUAACAAAAAGUUAUUGUAUUUUAUACUUAAAUACGCAAAAGUAUCACCCGUUUUCGGUCUUGAAAUACGGUCUGAUUACUUUGCUAUUAUACCUCUGACAUUUUACUAUUAAUUUUAUUAAUUACUAAUAAAAUUAAUAAUAAAAUGAAGGUAUAUAUUAUUCUUUGCACGUAAAACGGUAUAAUAUUAACGAAGCAAUCAUUUGAUUUUAAAAUGAGAAAAUGUGUAACAAUGACAAUCAUUGUACAUUUGAUAAAUGUUGUAAAACAGUAUUAACUUGAAAUUGAUCGAAUAAUAUUGCUGAUUUGCAAAUGUUCAAUCAAGCAACAUUAUUCACAUUUUUCUCAUUUUACGAUAUUAAUCUUUUAAGACUUAUAUAAUUCAAAUUUUUAAUAAGAGUUAAAUCUAUUUGUUAAGGCAACGAACUGCAUAUACUAUUUUUUAAAUGGAAUAUUUAACAAGUACAAUGAGGGUCUCCCACAAAUCUGUUAUAUUUUAAACUUUUUUCAACUUCUGUCACGUAUAAGGGAAUAAAGGCCUUAUUAGUGCCUUGGAGUUGAUAUCAAUGUGAAAAAUAACAAAUUUUAUGCUCAUCAUAUUUUGGAAUAAAAAAUAAUACUACAAGCAAGUUUUAGAAGGAAAAAAAUAAUUAAUUUCAAAAGCAUCUAAAAUUUAUCACAAUGCAAAUCUUAUGAGUAUAUGUAUAGACUAUUAGAGAAUAAAUGACUCUAUAAUUGAGGAAUGAAUAGAAAUUGAUACUAAGGUCACCACUUGGGCAAGCAUUGCCAAAGAAAAUUUAAAUUAUUCAGUUUUUUAAGUUAUAAAAUAUUAUAAAUCUUUUUUAAUUCAUUAUCUCUUGCUGUUAGAUAAAAAAGAAAGCAUAUAUAUACAUAUAUAUAUAUUGAAAGAAAUGACACAUAAAUAUUUUAUAAAUAAAUGAUCUACAAAUCAAUAAUGCAAUAAAUACUAUCUUGAAAAAGCUUCGGCACUUCUAAGCAUGUUACAUGCAUGGAUAAUCAAAGAGAAUUAAAUCUAUUAAAUAUGAAUGAGAAGAAUCAUUCACACUUUUAAACACAUAUCACUAUGUGCAAUUAAAUUUUUGGUUACUUUUUCAUGUAAUUUUUUGUUACAAAAUGAUGCAAAUGCUUUCAAAGCUUUUCGACAGCCUAAUUAUGCAAAGCUUCAGCAGGAGACAAUAUUGAACAUUGCAUUAAAAAACGGAAGGUACAAAAUUAGAAAAUGAUUUAAUACAUAUCAUGUAAAGUAACUGUCACUACGAUGUGAAGUUUCAAAUACGAACGUAAUUUUAAUUAAAUUCAAUAAUUAUUAGUGCAUUACGGGUAUAAAUGCUCUCUUGAAUUGUAUAAAUGUUUAAAGUCUUUAAUAAAGGUAUAUGGUGACCGGAUUUCGAAUUCCAUGUUAAGUAUAUCGUAUAUUGUGCUCGGCAAUAAUAGAAUUUUAUUCUACCAAAUAGCAGGAUAUUUUGCUAACAUUUAUCGGUAUCCGUAAAAGAACAAACUUUCAAGAUUGAAGAAAGAAAUUUUAUUUUGUCGAGAGAUGGAGAAGGAAAAUAUUGAGAUGGAAAGGAAUCGUUUAUUCACAACCGUGUGUUCAUAUACGCCGGUAUUUAAAAAUUCUGUACUAAGCUAUGCGCGAAAUUUUUAAGAAAUUGCGAAUACGUUACUAUACUGCAAUUAUUGUAUUAUUAUUAUUGCUAUUAUAACCGUUGUUAUUAUCAUUAUUGCGCAGAACCUUCGGAACACAAUUGUAUAUACAUCUUUUCCUUUUGUAUUUUGGAUGAAAUGUAUAUUUUAAUAAAAUAUCCAAAGUAUGAACUUUUUAAA